CAAAUAAGAGUAGUAAAAUUUCAUCCAAAUAUUUAAAAAAAAAAAAAAAAAAACCUGAAAUCUUCAGAGUAUAUAACGCAGUACGAAUUUCCGGCCCACUCAUUCACUCUCUACUAACAGAAUUGGCAACACCGCACUUUCUCUCUCUAGAAAUUUUCAGUUGCUUUCAGCUCCCAUUUUCCGACUCUGUUGAGCUCCGAUCAAUGGCGGCGGCGGCGUCGCUGUACGUCGGCGACCUUCACGACUCCGUUACCGACGGACAACUCUACGAUGCAUUCUCCGAGUUCAAAAGCCUUGCUUCUGUUCACGUUUGUCGUGAUUCUUCUACUCGUCGUUCUCUCUGUUAUGGUUACGUUAACUUCCUUUCUCCUCAAGACGCUGUGCGCGCUAUUAAGGUGAAAAAUCAUUCGACUCUCAAUGGAAAAGUUAUAAGGGUUAGUUGGUCUCGUCGUGAUCCUGAUGUGAGAAGAAGUGGAACAGGAAAUGUGUUCAUCAAGAAUCUAAAUGAUACAAUUGACAGCGCAAAGCUUGAAGAAAUAUUCCAGAAGUUUGGAAAUAUCUUGUCCUGUAAAGUUGCCGUUUCUGAGGAUGGAAGGAGUAAAGGAUAUGGCUUUGUCCAGUUUGAGACUGAGAACUGUGCAAAUGCUGCUAUUGAGGAGCUCAAUGGAUCUGUAGUCGGAGGAAAGGAGAUGUAUGUAGGUAAGUUCGUGAAAAAGAGUGAUCGGAUUCUGCCCAACCCUGAUGAGAUAUAUACAAAUUUGUUCAUCAAGAACUUGGAUGUUGACAUCUCAGAAGAGCAUCUUAGAGAGAAGUGCUCUGAAUUCGGGAAAAUUAUUAGCUUGGUCAUUGCAAAAGAUGAGAAUGGAGGUUCGAAAGGUUUUGGUUAUGUGAAUUUUGAGAAUCCAGAUGAUGCUAGGAGAGCAGUGGAAGCUAUGAAUGGAUCAAAACUUGGCUGCAAAAUAUUGUAUGUAGCAAAAGCACAAAAGAAAACAGAGCGUGAACAGAUAUUGAGGCGUUUGUUUGAGGAGAGAAGGAAGGCGCAAAUUUUUAAGUACCAGGGUUUAAACGUGUACGUCAAAAAUAUUGAUGGUGAUAUCACGGAUCAUGAGUUGCGUGAAUUGUUCAGUCAAUGUGGCAAAAUCACUUCUGCAAAACUUAUGCUAGAUGAGAAAGGAGUAAGGGCGGGCUUUGGAUUUGUAUGUUUUUCCACACCAGAGGAGGCCAAUAAAGCAGUGAAUACUUUUCAUGGAUUUAUGUUUGGCCAAAAGCCAUUGUAUGUGGCAAUUGCUCAAAGGAAAGAGGAAAGGCAAGCUCAAUUACAGCUUAAGCAUGCACAAGGAAUUGCAGGACCCGCUGGAGCUUCAGCUUUUUUCUCUGGUGGAUAUCCCCCUGUUUACUACCGAGUCCUUAGUGAUCUACAAAUACCUGCACGACCUGUGCUGUUGGAUCAGCCUCUGUGUAUGGGUCAUAAUUGGAUGGUUAAUGGAUUCACUAACUCUAUCAGACCUCGUUAUCAAAUGUCCCUGGUUCCUGAUGCUUCACAAUAUAGGCACAAUAGGGGAAAGAAAAAGGGACAUAUGCCAGUUCCAGAUGUGCCUCACUGGCAGCAAUCAGCCCAACCAGUGGUGUCAUCAAAACACUAUAGCAAUCCCCAGGAAGCUUGGCAGGUCAAAUAUGCACCUCGUGGUGGUUUACAUGGUACGAACAAAGGAUUUGUUUCCUCUGCUGGCAACAGUACAGUAGGAUCAUUCUCUGAUGUUUCAGACAGUCUGAGAACCAAACUUGCUGCUGCUCCUCCUAAGCAGCAGAAACAGAUCAUCGGAGAGCACCUUUAUCCUCUAGUUCGACAACAUAAGCCCAUUCUUGCUUCAAAGCUUACGGGAAUGCUCUUGGAAAUGGACAACUCAGAACUUUUAUCAUUGUUUAAGUCACCAGAAUCUCUGGCAGCUAUGGUGCAAAAAGCAGUUGAGGCUCUCAAGCUCUCCACAACUGGAGCUUCUUCCAGUCAAGAUUCACGUCUUCCAAAUUCUCUCCCUGCUGAAGUUGCAGUCAAAACAGUAGGAAAUAGAGCUAGCAAGUGUUAGUAUGGUGGCUACUUGUAACAUGCUUUUGUGUCCAUUACUUCUCCAGGCAUUCAAUUCUCAUAUGAGAAGAUAGAAACAAGAUUGUUGGAGUUAACGAUACUGCUUUAUACCCUCAUUGAACAGGAUACUCUGUUUGUGAUAGACUACUCAGUACUCGGUCCUCAUCAAUGACUUUAAUCACAAAAACUUAGAUGGGUUUGUUGACAAUAUGUUAUAGGCCCCCAUUUCUUAUCA